ACAUUCUUCCACUGGAGAGAACGUCACAUGCAGGGUUUGUGUUCAUUCUUAAAUCCUCAAACCUGGAAUUCUAUCGUAGAACACUAGUUAAAUGGAUUUCUUUAGGGACUUGAAACAGUUCAAAAUCCUAAAAAUCUCAAAAUAGAGUCUACUUAUUGCCUAUUAUUGCACAGCGUUUCUAAAAUACCAGUUCUAAAAUAGUCUGUCGUGUUUAAUUGAAGCAGACAAAGAAAAACGCAAUUUCCGUCGAGUAAACCUCUUACAAAAUCCGGUCUGAAAAUAAAGCUCUCCAAAAUUCCUUUGCACUCCACGCUCAACACACGAUCUUCGUGUGUUUGGAUUUAUUUGUGAACAUGAUAGAAUAGUGAGACAAACUGGUUGAACAAGUUAAUAAUGAUAUUUUAACGGGAAGCUUUCUCACCCGUAGGUGAUCUACAGAAAGGUCCCGAUCCAAGUUUAUGUAACUAGUGCAGUCGUAAGCCAAACAUUUCUUUUAGCAGUUCAGUUGAAUCAGGUUUCCCACAGACAUUUGACACUGAUAAAGCCAAAACUUGCUCCAUAGCUUAUUGGUUUGUUUGAGUAAGGAAACGCAAAACAAACACAACAAAGAUACAAAUGAUUUUUUUAUAGAUUGGCCUUUAUCGAAGAGAUUGGGGUGGAAAUUAAGAUGCCUAUGAGAUGUAAGAUUGACUUUUUUUUGUUAUUUAAGUCAGGAGUUUCAUCAGUUAAAGUUUGGAGUUAACAAUUUUUGUGAACCUCUGUUUAGUUCACUCCAAGCAUUGUGACCAGCAUUAGCAUGUCAAAACAUUUUUGCAAUGUAGUAAAAUCGAAAGAUAAAUAUUUAAAAAAAUGGUUUUCAAACAAAAAUAAGGAAAAAUUCAUGCAUGCCAUGCUUAAGGGCAAAUGCAAAACAUUCGCAGAAUUUUCUCGUUUCACAAGUCUGGAAUAAAAUCUUCAUAUGCCUAAAAAACGCGGAGAAUUUAGUGUAAGCAAAUAACUAUAAAGAAAGCACACACAACAAAAGCUCUAUUGACGGCAGUAGAACGCUUAGCGGUUGUCUAAUCGCGCUGGCAUGGUGCUGGCAUGGCAUCAAAACAACCAAACAUGCCAUGGAAUAUCUGCUAGACUUGAAGGUGCUUUCAUGUGUGAUUUUUUUUCUCCUGGCUCUGUGCAAUGCCACCGUCAGUUAAUUACUUGAGGUCCUUGGCAUCAAUCGACACUUAACUUUUAUCCAACUACGAUCUAAACUGGUUGAAAGACUACAAAUGGUCUGCUAUCGACACCAUAGAACACGUGUUAGCUACGACGAGGUAGUUUUGAAACUCACUCUUGACAAAAUCGGAAAAAAAAAUUGGUAGAAUCGUAGAUGAAACGCGUAGGAGCAAACAAGAAAAUCUUCUGGGGCCCUGACUCGUUCUACUCUCAAGAAAUAGCACAAAAUUGAAAACAACGUUGUGGGUCACGGGUGCGUUUUUUAUCUCACAAAACCUGCCAAACAUAUAACCUGCUAAAAGUACAACUAACUUGCUAACGUUCGCUGACAUUCCCACAACCAAUAAGAGCUGGCCUUUGUUGUCUGAGCCAGUCAAGAGCACGCCAUGUGAGCAAACAAUCUGUGCCCUUUUUGACCAGAAAAAAAACAGUGACAUACGUCAUCUCGUAAAAAUUUGGCAACUUUACAGACUUGCAUAACGAACCCAGUGUGAAAAUAAAUCAGUAAAUAACUGAUUUCAUGGGGUGAAUGAUACAUAACAUAUUGCGCCAGUGGACCACCUAUAAAGAUGUGAAAAUAACAGAACUAGAGAAGGACAAAUUAUUACAACUGUUCACUUGAAACAUUCGGACUUCACAGAAUAUAGUAUGAAAUGGCAAAAUAUCUCAAACCCUGUCGCGCCCAGGCGUCUGAGAUUGAAAUUCGUAAACAGCAAAAAUAGACUGGAAUUUCAGCACGUAGUAGUACAGGAAACGGUCGAAUUUUGACCUUGCACAAAUACGCGCAUGUUUUCACAAUAAAGAAAACUGCGAUGACAAUCUUUUUUUCACUCCUAAGAUUGAAAUGUCCGUUAUAUUUAUAGAUUACCGUUCACUUAUUUUAAUGCUAGUUUUGAGUAAUAUGUAAGAAGCUGAUGUUUAUGUUCUUAAUUUCUCAUCAUCGGUCUGUUUGACAAUAUACUGAUGCUGUAAGGAGAAAAUAUAUUUUAACACUCUUGUAAGGCAGUCCGAUAGAUCGCCAACCUCGCUACUUUUUCUGUUUUUGUUCCAGACAAGAUGGCAGGCACUGGCAUUGCCAUGAUGAUCGUCUCCAUAGCAACCAAGAUAUACACCGACACUGGUGGUCCGGGACUCACCAUCUAUAGACCUCACUGUCCCCCCGGAUUUUGCAUACUUGGGGACUACGCACAGGAGGGGGACAUUAAAAAACCAAACCACGGAGUCAUGUUGUGCAUUCUGAUGCAACAAAACUCUACGGUCGUCGCGGAAGCCGAGGGGUUUGCCCAAGUGUGGAGCAGCGAAGGUCCCGGAAGUGGAAACGGAUAUAGCGAUGAUGAAGGACCUGAGACAAGCGAGGGAAGCACUGGGUCGGCUUCCGGUCACAACGACAUCUUGGCAUUUUGGAGACCCAAAGUUCCUAGCGAAGACUACGUUGCAUUGGGUCACGUGGCAACAACCAGUUAUGAGCCGCCGUCCUACGAUAACGUGUGUGUAGUGCACAAAAGCUCAGCCAUACCAGGAAUCCCUGGUCGACGAGUGUGGAUUGAAGAAUCCCGGAUGGCAAGCCUUUGGUCCGUGGCUUCCAGCUAUCACUAUUUGAACUUGGGAAUGUUCUUUAGUAGCGACUCAAAAGCGGCGCCUCGUAUAUCCCAGUUCUGGUCCCUGCUGCCCGAGGUUGUUCCAGCUCCUCAAAACGCUUCGCUGUCGAUCAAAAAGCUCACCAAAGACGACUUGGCGCUUAUCUACAAAGGCCAAGAAUGCAGGACUUCCAAGCUCCUUAGCGUGUACCUCCCUCGAGCCCCUAUCGGUUACGCGCCUCUGGGGCAUUAUGCGGAACGAGGUUUCAGCCGAGCUAGUGAGGCGGCUCCCAUGCUAGUGGUAAAAGAGAUGGGAGGAAAGGGUCUAUUAAGACACCCAGUUAACUACCAGGAGUUGUGGAGGUCACAUGCCAACGACACAGAGGCAGCCAUAUGGCGACCAGUGCCUCCUCCAGGAUACUUCUGUGUCGGACACGUGUUAGGCGUGGGCUCUGAGGCGCCGCCUACAAACGCCAUCGUGUGCCUUCAUUGGAGCGUGAUCGGAAGAGGCUGGCCAUCGCGUAGCAAGAGAGUGUGGUGGAACAAAUGUUCUCACGGGAAAGAUGCGACCAUCUGGCGAGUCAGUGGACUAGACGACUGCCUCAGUGCUGGAACAUUUGUGAUUCAUCGUGGACUCCACAACCCGCACUGGGAAGAACUACUUUUUCACUGCUUUUAUCUUAAUGAAGUAUCAGUCAGAUAAAGUGGCAUCACACGCAACAGAAACGUUUUCAUUUCGGUGAUUUAGUAUUGAUCGUUCAUGAUCGCUGCUUUUCGCGCAUCUCGCAUCGAAGAACUCCCGCGAGACUGCCGUGAGCCUGCAGACAGUCGAGGUUUACUUGUCACGCAAUUGUCAAACUCUAACUUGACACAACGCGUUACUUGUCAUGCAAUACUUUCACUCUAGCGUGACAAACCGCAUAUGUAGUCUGCAAACACGAUCGUUGGAGAGAGAACUGAGACAGUUUUGCUUUAAGUAAAGAACAUUUUGUAUUCACGUUCUAAAUUUUAUAAUUUCUAACAAAGACUGAAGACAUAAAGGUCAGUUUUGCGGCACAGUUUCUGAUCUUUGUAAAGAAGACAUUUCAUGGUAUGUAUUAAAAGGCAGAAAUGUACUUCAGCCAUUAGGUUCAUUACGCAGAAUUAAAAGGAGAACAUGGACGUUUCGCGUUCCUAAAAACUACUUUUUGUUCGUUAAUAAAUUUACUACGCUGACUAGAUCGUAUGUAGUUAAUAAGAAGAUUAACCAAAAUAAUUAGAGAAAGAAAUAAAAGACUGACUUUUCAGUUCAGGUCGA